AUGAGUCAAGUCCGUCAUACUCUCACACAUCAACUCUCAUCUCGCGAGAGUCCGCUGCGCCCAGAAAUUAUGGACGUCGGUGGGAACGGUGGUGGGCUUCCUGUAAACAAUAAACAGAGAGCAAUGAUACCUAACAAAAGCAGGGGUGAAUUCACCCGCAACCCAAGGAAAGAUUCAGAGGUAUGUGAAUAGAUGUUUAGAAUUAAAUUUCGCACGAAUUUUCAUGAGCAGAUGAGGCCUUUUCUACUGCUACUGUCUCAGAGCUAACGUUAGCCAACCUUCUCAGCUGUCGUCCUGGAGCUUAACUUUUAUUUCUUACACAUAUUAGAGGUUUAAAUGUCAGCGACUUGGACUUAUCGGGGUAAGAGCGUGUGUGUAGUCUUGAUUUUCUAUCAUGUUGUCCCUUCGAUAGGAUUUACCGGCUGUGUAGGUUAGCAGCAGCUAGCCAGUUGAUGUUAGCGAAUAACAGGCCAGAGGAUCCAGAAGGAACCUGUUGAAAAUGUGGAGACCUCCAGAUUUUACCUCGAUACAGACCUCCCUCUUUAUAGUGUAAUAAGCUCUUUUGUUAAUAGUGUGUUCCUCAACUACAUAAUACAGUAAGAAGUGAGUCAAUAUUUUCAAGGACCACAGUGGGGAUCUAUGAUAAACUCAUUUCUUCAGUCUCAUUUCCAGAAUUAAAUUUUGUUUAAUCACAGCAGGUGUAGUUAUGACCUAAUUUUAUCUUUGAAUGAACAUUUGAAUGCAUGCUAAACCAUAGCAGUGCUAAAUCUGAUUUUCAGAGAAUUUCUUUAUAACCAUAUAAUUAACAUCAUUAUUAUUUAUUAUCAAUCAAUCAAUCAAUCAAAGUUUAUUUAUAUAGCACUGUUCUACAAAUGAAAUUGCAGCUCAAAGUGCUUUACAUCAGGACAAGAAAAAUAGAAGUUAUUAAAAUAAACUAAAACAGACAAUAAAAUAUGAACUUGAAUUUAUUAAUAAAAUAAGUUAAGUAAAAAGUUAGACAAAAAAAAUAAAUAAAUUAUAACAGUAAUUAAAAUAUAUAAAAGCCAGGCUAAAUAGAUGAGGUUUUAGGUUACGUUUAAAAAUUUCAAUAUUUGCAGCUUGUCUCAGAUCCUCUAGAAGUUUGUUCCACAGUUUGGAGCGUAGCAGCUAAAAGAAGCAUCACCAAAUUUUUUUGUUCUGCUCUGUGGAACGACUAAAAGUGAAGAUUGAGAGGAUCUAAGAGGCUGCCCUGGUGCCAGGCCAUGUAGAGCUGUAUAAACUAGUAAAAGAAUUUUAAAAUCAAUGCGAAAACUAACAGGCAGCCAGUGCAAAGACUUUAAAAUGGGUGUGAUAUGAACUCUUCCCCUGGUCCUUGUCAAAACACUACACUUACCUAUUCUGGUGUACUUCAAGUUGGUACCCCAAAGUCAAUGUAAGGACACAUUUUACUGAUUUGUGUACUAUUAAUAGACUGUACUAUGCCUGCUCUACAACCAAAAUACCGUUUGGGUUGUUUGUACAGCUGCACUCUUAAGCUUCUGCAGCUGUCUCAGAUAUCAGAGGUGAUGGUGUGUUUUUGCCAAACUGACUCAUAAAAAAAAAACACCAGAAAAUCAUUUUCCUGAAUUCUGUCUUGAUUGUUGAAAAAAAUGUGUGGUGCCGACUGUUGAGUUGAACCAGUACGUAAAUGUUUUGUGCUUAUGUGUUUGUUUUUUGAGGGUUUUAUGGAGCAACCCCACAGGCUUGGCAAGAUGUAUUUCAGUAUUGACUUUCAGUUUAACUCUUGAUUUUGCAUAUUGGAUAUUACAUUUUUGUUUUAAUCCAAAAAUUGUGUUGUCUCCUGUGCACAGGGACUCUCUGAAUCUCCAGACCUUGAAUUUGAAUAUGCUGAUGCGGACAAGUGGGCUGCAGAGUUGUCAGGUGUGUGUUUUCAUUGUGUAAACAAAAAAAUUCUGACAUUUUUAAUUCUUCAGAACCAAACUCUUUACAUUUGAUGUGUUAAGAUGAAUUACUGUUUUCCUGUGUGUGUUUCAGAGCUGUAUAGUUACACCGAAGGACCAGAGUUUGCUCUAAACAGGAAAUGUUUUGAGGUGGAAUUCAGGACACAUGGUUUGUAGAUAAGACUUGGAUUGAAACCUUAUUAUGAAUGUAAGAUUUAUUUAUAUCAACUUGAUUGUCUGUGCUUUUCUUGCUGUCGUAGUUACAGAGAAGAAGUGGACAGAGCUUGAUGCAGCCGAGCACAGAGCUCAUGCCAUGCGCCUGUUGGACGGUCUGGAGGUUAUUGCACGGGAAAAAAGGCUAAAAGUCGCCAGAGCUAUUCUGUACAUGGCUCAGGGUCAGUCCACAUUGACAAAAACUGAUGUACCAUUGAAAAGAGAGUGAAAUCCUGUAAUGAGGUACAUUAAUAAGAGAGGUCAAACGUGGCUUUCUUCAUUUUUUUGUGUUUUUUGUGUUUUUCUCUCUGUAGGAACAUUUGCAGAUUGCAGCUCUGAGGCUGAAGUGCAGCAUUGGAUGAGAUACAACAUUUUUCUGCUGCUGGAUGUGGGCACCUUCUCUGCUCUGGUGGAACUGCUCAACAUGGAGAUCGAGUAUGUCUCCAGUCAGAUUUCUAGCAUUCAGAAACCUCUUCAAUCAGUCAGUGUGUUUACAUGUACAACUUAAUCGGACUAAGCUCAUAAUUAGUUUUUUUCGACGAAUCGGACUUCUCUCCUUGUCCGUGUGUACAUGCAGCUGAGAAAAUCAGAUUAUUGACAUGAACAUGCCCGCCUCCCCAAAACUAGGGGGUGACACGGGUCUUUUAAGCUAAACUGUUUCCAACCCCAUACAAACAUCAACAACAACAGCAGGUCCGUGUCAGACGUCAGAAGUGUCUACAAAUGCUGUUGGGCAUUUUUGAGCAAGAAGAUAGAGCAUCAUACGCCGUUGUUUUUGUCGUACAUGAUGUACGGGCUACUUUUCUGCAGAUGAGGUGCUACUCCUCAUCUCUGGUGUUUUUGUUCCAGAGUUACUGUGGCAUGGCGCACACGCACUGUCUGAUCAUACUCCGACUACGCUGGUUACAUGGUAGAGAAAAUCGAAUUACAUGUACUUGUAUCUCAGAGAGAUACGAGUUCUCAAACUCUGAUAAUAGUCGAACUAAGGUCUUUACACUUCCACCAGCUCCUCCGGGGAGAUUCCCAGGCGCUCCCAGGCCAGGCAGGAGACAUAAUCCCUCCACCUGGUCCUGGGCCGUCCACGAGGUCUCCUCCUGGUGGGACAUGUCUGGAACACCUCUAACGGCAGGCGUCCAGAAGGCAUCCUAACCAGAUGCCUGAGCCACCUCAGCCGACUCCUCUUGACGUGGAGGAGCAGCGGUUCUACUCUGAGCGCCUCCCGAGUGUCUGAGCUCCUUACCCUAUCUCUAAGGCUGAGCCCGGCCACCCUGCGAAGGAAACCCAUUUUGGCCGCUUUUAUCUGUGAUCUUGUUCUUUCGGUCAUUACCCACAGUUCAUGGCAAUAGGUGAGGGUCGGCACGUAGAUCGACCGGUACAUCGAGAGUUUCGCCUUACGGCUCAGGUCUGCACUUCAGUUGUCCAGUCUUAAUCGGAAUAAGGCAAUAAUUUGGUUUUCUCAAGUGUCAUGUAAAUGUACUGACUCAUACUAAUUAUUAUAAUUUUUUUAAUCAAGAUGGUUGUCAAGAUGUUAUUUAUGUGUGUGGAGAACCGUGAGUAACAUGCGUAAUCUCUUGCAGUAACAGCGCUGCCUGUAGCAGUGCCGUCAGAAAACCUGCUAUCUCCCUCGCUGACAGCACCGAUCUCAGAGUGCUGCUGAAUAUAAUGUACCUGAUGGUGGAAACAAUACAGCAAGACGACCCAGCUGACAAACCUGAGUGGAAAAUAAUCAGGGAGACUUUCAGAGCAGAGCUGGGUAAGACUUUUUACUGUCAAAACCUGCAGUUAUAUCCCUGAUUUGACCAAAAUACUUGAAAUGAUUCCUAUCCCCACUCUAUCUUUGUGUUUCAGGCUCUCCCCUGUUCAACAACGAGCCCAUUUCUGUCAUGCUUUUCGGUAUGGUCACCAAGUUCUGCAGUGGUCACGCUCCUCACUUCCCAAUGAAGAAGGUGUUGCUGCUUCUGUGGAAGAGUAUACUGGUAAAAAAAGUUUUUACCACCUACAAUUUUUGAUUAAAAGUUGGUCUUAAGAGGCACGAAUCAACAUUCAUUCUUCUGUUUUCAGUUUACACUUGGAGGGUUUGAGCAGCUCCAAAGCAUCAAGGUUUGCAAGCGGGAAGAGUUGGGUCUCCCCCCUCUCCCAGAGGACAGCAUCCGGGUCAUACGCAGCAUGAGGGCUGCUUCUCCUCCUGCAUCUGCGUCUGAUCUCAUAGAGCAGCAGCAGAAACGAGCUCGCCGUGAACAUAAGGUAGACCUGACUCUGAUCUCAAACAGAGGACACUGUUGGUCCAGGCUAAUCAUGGAUAAAUCAUGCAUUGUUGCCUUGACUACAGCUGGAGUGCUGCUAGUCCUGUACAAUAAUGACUUUUAAUUAAGUGUAGUAAAGCUGAGAUAAAGCUGAUUAAAUUGACUCUAGAUCCAAAUAUUAGUACAGUCAAGACAUGGUCACAGUAUUGAAGAGCAUAAUAGUCAUUUAUACCAAAUGAACGAUGUGGUCAUAAAGCUGCUGUAUGAUCAUAAUGUUUUACAGCUUUAGUUUCUGAGGUUGAUAUUAAGCAGCCUUAUGGACCAGAAUUACUGCAUCAUGAGCUGCACUCAUUAUAAACUGAGUUUUUUCGGGAGCUGUUUGCGCUCUUGUGUUGAAUCUUAAUUAUACUCAACUCAACUUUAUUUGUAAAGCACUUUAAAAACAACCACAGCUGAACAAAGUGCUGUACAUGAAUAGACAAAACAACGCAGACGUAAAAAACAAUAAAAAAAACAAUGAAAACAAUGGAUAAAAUAAAAGUGGAUAUCAAAAAGUAAAAUAUAGUUUCAGUGUUUUUAAAAACUAAUUUAAAAACAUAGAAACAAAUAACUAAAAAUAAACCAUAAAACACUAAAACAGGAGCUGAGUCUCAUGCAGGGUUAAAAGCCAAUGAAUAAAAAUGGGUUUUAAGACGAGUUUUAAAAAUAGACAGUGUGGGGGCUUGACUGAUUUGGAGGGGUAGCUUGUUCCAUAAUUUUGGGGCCACAACAGAAAAAGAUCUAUUCCCUCUGAGCUUUAGUUUGGACCUCGGGACCUCCAGGAGCAGCUGAUCACCUGACCUAUACGGAUAGUAACGUGGCCCUCUCCACUCCGCUGACCAUGUCUGCACCACAUCCUGUUUUCCCUCUUAGGCUUUGAUUAAGCAGGACAACCUUGACGCGUUCAAUGAGAAGGAUCCCUACAAGGCAGAUGAUUCCCGUGAGGAUGAGGAUGACAACGACGACAAUGACAACUCAAUAGAGGCCGAGACUUUCCCCCUGGAGAGGGACGAAGUGAUGCCUCCACCUAUUCCUCACCCUCCGUCAGAGAGGGUGUCCUUUCCUAAAGGCUUGCCGUGGGCUCCUAAAGUCAGGUAAUGUUCAGGCUGAGAUAAACAUAAUACUGCACAUGUGUUGACUUCGAAUAGGAAAUGAAUAUGAUCUAUUGUUAAUUAUGUUUUUCCUCAAAUAGGGAAAAGGAUAUAGAAAAUUUCCUAGAGUCAAGCAGGAGUAAAUUUAUCGGUUACACGCUUGGAAAGUAAGUUCUUUUUGUAGUUUUAUUUAAAACAAAAGAUAACUUCAGUUUUACACUUGUACUUUAUUACAAACCAGUGCAUUAAAAUAGAGUUGUUGUGUUUAUGUUGCAGUGAUACAGAUACAGUUGUCGGCUUGCCCAGACCGAUUCAUGAGAGCAUCAAGACUUUAAAGCAGGUAUUAAAAGCCUUGAAAAACAACUCACUACUUUCAAUGCAAAUGUAGCACUAACUCUAAAACAACAAUUCUCACAUGGAAGUUUUUAAUCCUUUUCAGCACAAGUAUGUCUCCAUAGCUGAGACACAGAUCGCAAAGGAGGAGGAGUUUCAGAAAACGCCUCUUUCUGGGGUAAGUGGAAGAGGAGCCAUUAGUCGUUCACUUCAUGUGUACUCAAAUCUGCUCGAUGAGUGGAUUUGGAUGCAGCUUUAUCAGUUUAAUCCUCAAGUUACACACAAAGAAAAGUGCUAUAAUUUUAUUUUUCUUUCUUUAGUGUUGAGGGAAAAAAUGCAUACAACUGUUGCUCUCUAUCAUAUUAACAUGAAUGUUUUUAAUACCCCUCCACAUGUGUUGUAAGCCAUUUGCCAUCUGUGUUUCUUGUUAAGGUAAUAGAGUUAAAGUCUGAACUGUCUCUUUGUUUUUUGGAACAGAGUCCAAUUCUAGUUUUCUAACAUUUUCUUGCUUUGUGUCUCUUCUUUUUUGACAUUUCGACAUCAGGGUGAAGAGGAGGUGGAUAUGUCCGCAAUUGAGCUGCUUUAUCAAGGGAUUCUGCCCAGUUUGCCUCAAUUUAUGGUUCGUCUUCCUUUAGGCUGGGAAAGCAGAAACUUUAGGUCAGAUUGUUUCGGCAUUAACUGAGUUGUUUCUCUUUGGAUGUCAGAUCGCUCUGCUGAAGAUCCUUCUCGCAGCUGCUCCAACUUCCAAAGCAAAGACCGACUCCAUUAACAUCUUGGCUGAUGUGCUGCCGGAGGAGAUGCCGUAAGUGAUGAUGAAGUGCCUCUGAAAGAGUCCAACACAUCCAGCAGAUCCUUCCUUGUGCAACUUAAUAUUCUGUAGAAGAAAAUAUCCUGACUUCAGUAACAUGUGAUGAUAAGUAUUGAGAACUGGUAUAUCAAGGCUUGACACUAACAUUUUUCACAAGGAGCACAUGUGCUCCUAAGUUGAAAAAGUAAGGAACAUACAAAGAACUUUAGGGGCACAAUGAAAAUUGAUCAAGUAAUGUUUGUCUUAUUGGUCAACAUAAGUACUAUUAUUUGAAAUUAAUUUUAGGUCAAUUGGUCACAUGACAUGAAAGCUAUUGAAGGAAAACAGCCUAACCGGUAAUUAAUUGAUGGUCCCUUAUUAAACACCCAGUGUUGACAGUGAGGGUGCGGAGUAGAUUUAACCGCGCUGCUGUUGCUAUUCCUGGUUAUGGAGAGUGAGAAGACAUCAGUAGAUCCUCAGUGAAUGUCUGUCGGAUAUCCAACCUAAAACUAACUGACUGCGGUAUUUACGUGAAAAAACAUUUGUUGCCUCGGCUGAUUUUUUUAAUGCACCCAUGUGCCCCUAAAUACAUUGUCCAUUUCGCACACAUCUAAUUUUAGUUGCAAAUGCGAGUGAAAUGGUCGUGCUGUCAGGCCCUGGGUAUCUGCUUGAUUUUUGAGUGCAGGUAAAACAGUGUUAUAUGAGUUUGAUUUGUAUCUAUUUGUUUAAAACUCUUUAGCUCUUCGUAUGAGGAAUCCUGUUUUGCACUGAUUUUGGUGGAUCCUGUGUCUUACCAUAGAGUAUGAUCUUCAGUCUUGUAGCUGAUGAUCCAGUUGCUCCUGAGUGUCAUAUAGAGGCAUCAGUAACCAGCCGAAACUUCCUUAGUAGGUUUAGUCAUGUGUUCAAUCGAUUUGUCUGACUCUGCAGGACCACAGUGCUGCAAAGCAUGAAACUCGGUGUCGACGUGAACCGACACAAAGAAAUCAUUGUGAAGGCGAUCUCUGCCAUCCUGCUGCUGCUUCUCAAACACUUUAAACUCAACCACAUCUACCAGGUACGCACAACACACUUUUCAUGGCACAACUGAGAUAUACAAACAAAGAGUAGAAGUGCUGCUGGGUCCAUGUGUUAUCACAGACACUGCUGACGAUGGCCCUGGCAAAGACCUGAGUAGGUUGUGAUGCAUCAGCCAUUGUUAGGAUAUUGAUCUCGAUCUCUCGCUGGUUGUUUCAAUUUGAUGUAUGUCUUUUUAGUUUGAGUUCAUGGCACAGCACCUAGUGUUUGCCAACUGCAUUCCCCUCAUCCUGAAGUUCUUCAACCAGAACAUCAUGUCAUACAUCACAGCUAAAAACAGGUACUUUUUUACCUCUUUGAAUUCCAAUUACUGUGACUUCUAUUUGCACUAAAUCUCAGUGACUGAAGUUUUUUUUAAUGCUUUCAUUUUGUCACUUUAAAGCAUUUCAGUGUUGGACUUCCCUUACUGUGUGGUGCACGAGCUCCCAGAGUUAACUGCAGAGAGUUUGGUGAGUUUUCUUUUUUGUCACACUUGCCUGAUAUAGUGGUUUUGUUGCUUUAAUUGCAACUUGAGGGUCAUUUUUUAAGUGCAUAAUUUGUGUCUGUGAAUAUUUUGUGUUCAGGAAGCUGGAGACAACAACCAAUUCUGCUGGAGGAAUCUGUUUUCUUGUAUUAACUUGCUCAGGAUCCUCAACAAGCUGACCAAGUGGAAGCACUCAAGAACAAUGGUGAGAAAUCAUCAAACAACAGUUAUACCAACACAUUAUGUCGUGUUUCCUCCAUUCAAAAAAUGAUGAUCUGAGCUCUCUUCUCCCCUUUCUCAGAUGUUGGUGGUGUUCAAGUCCGCUCCCAUCCUGAAGAGGGCGCUGAAGGUCAAGCAGGCCAUGAUGCAGCUUUACGUCCUCAAGCUGCUCAAAGUCCAGACCAAAUACCUCGGACGCCAGUGGAGGAAGAGCAACAUGAAGACCAUGUCAGCCAUCUAUCAGAAAGUCCGCCAUCGAUUAAAUGACGAUUGGGCCUACGGGAACGGUGAGUGCAGACACACAAAAUCCUUUGAUUGAAAAACAAGCCAGUGUGCAUCAAUUCAACAGUAAAAGCAGCAAGAAAAGAAAGAAGUCAUGGGUGUGGAUGAAGAAUCCUACACAAAGUUCAAGUUCAGAUGAAGAUUUAACUUAGAAAAUUAAAAAACAUUGUAGGACCAGUUUUUUUUUUUUUUUUUACAAAUCCUUAACCCUCUUUUGUAGGAAAGUGUAUCAAUUCAUGAUAAGAGGUGACACAGUUAGAUGAGUCCAAUGAUUUGAUUAAUAUGCCCCUUCGAUUAAGUUACAGCAGCUCCUCUCAUACAAAAGAACUUAGCAGAGUCGUCCGCCAAAGGUAUACCAUAUGAUAAAAAAUCGCCAGAUGGGUCUGGCAUUUUGUUUGCAUUUGUUACAAAUCCGAGUUUAAAAAUAAAAGGAAAAUGAACAAAGAAACGGUAUGGUUAUUUUUAAGCCAUUAAUUGAAUUUACAGGGGGAAAAAACAUACUGCAAUAUAAACCGUUACUGUGAUAUGAAAUUACUCAUACCAUGAUAUAAGAUUUAGUUCAUACCGCUCAACACUACUCAGGGUUGUUUGAAUAUUUUAGCUUGCGAUGAGCACAAAUGGUGGUCUUGUACAUCAUUUUAUAUCAUUGUAUCACUCAAAUCAGUCAGUCAUGCAUAUCCUAUUGUCUUACGCUUCCUAAUUCAGGCUUUUGUCCCUCCUGUAACAAAUCCUUGACUUUCAGUUCCUUAUUCUUGGUCCAGCACCACGUGUUACUUCUUUGAGUCACCAUGUGUCUCAGGUUUUAUUACUAAGAUGCACAUAAAUAAUAACUUAUGUCUUCAACUGAUCGUUGAGGCUGGGAAAUAAAUAGUCAACUAGUGAGCCUAAGAUAGCCUAGGCCAGCACAUCCUGACUAUUGUACCCCCUCCUGGAGCAGAUCUGGAUGCCCGUCCCUGGGACUUCCAGGCUGAGGAAUGUGCUCUGCGGGCCAACAUCGAACGUUUCAACAGUCGUCGUUAUGACAAAAGCCACAGCAACCCAGACUUCCUGCCUGUGGAUAAUUGUCUGCAAAGUGUUCUGGGACAGAGGGUGGACCUGCCCGAGGACUUCCAAAUGAACUAUGACCUUUGGCUGGAGCGAGAGGUCUUCUCCAAACCUAUUUCCUGGGAAGAGCUGCUACAGUGAGAACCAACGAUUAACAGUUUGAAUCACAAACAAACAGCCGAACUUGCUCUCACUGAUUGAUCACAGGUCACAGCAUUAUGUUUCAUGUUUUAGAGGGACCCAAAGACUGCCCAGGUGUACACUUAAAAUCAUCAGUUUUACACUUCAAUUGAUACUCAAACCAAUAAAUCAACAUUGAAUCCUUUCCCCUUAAUAAUGUCAACCAGUUUUUACUGGAAAUGAUUUUAAAGCAAAUCUUUUUUUUUUCAUCUGUGGACCUGAACUUGACCUAGCACUACUCUUGCUCUAUGUGCCUCUUACCUGCUACAGAAGCUAGUAAAUUUCAUCUUAAAGCACUACAUGACAGGAUGUUCACUCUUAAUUUUAAAGUCAUUUAUUUGGUGUAAAUGGUGUGAAUUGAUUGCUUAGACAGAUGUGUAUGUGUGUGCUUUGUUCAGGUCAAUCUUGGCACAUCGAAUAUGUUAGCAGGACAUUCCUGGUACAUCCUCUAGGUCACUUCAUGGAGGUGAAAGGAAUGGUGUUUUUUUAGACGUAAUUUCUGUUUGUGCAAAUAAACAAUGCAUUAUUUUGUGAAAGUUAUUACCUUCGGGAGUAUUACACUCCUGUUUACCUGACUCAUCCUCUGUUCAUUCACUCAUGGCCUGUGUUUUAUUUGCAUUUUGACUUUUUCUCCUGAGUGCUGCCUACACCCCUUUUAUCUGGGACCAUGAAGACAUCAGGGUGAGUGGACAUAGAAGUACAGCCUUGAUUCUUCUUCUUUUUUUUAAACAAUACAAACCUUAAAGUAUCUUAGUUUACUUUGUUGUGGAAAACUGGAUGAUUAUUUUCCCUAAUCACAUCAAACUGAAAGAGUGCAAAAACGUUUGAAUCUCUCGUUUGGGAUUCAUUGUCUCUGAACUUCACUCACCUCAGACUGAACCAAGGAGAGAACCUGGUUUAUUUUCUUGUCUUUUUCUACUUUUCAGCUUUGUGUUUUAUGAAAGUUAAAGUAAUAAGGAAACAUGUAAUUUUUAAUAUUUAUCAUGCCUUUCUCUUUGUUUUACAUUGACUUAAGUACUGUAAUAAAAACAAACUGUCAGUGUGGUA